AUGUUUUUCAAAGUUUUGGUAUUUGCUUUGGUAGCUGUAGCUUCCGCUCAGCAUGGACAUCAAGCAACUUCUUAUGCUUCAUCCAACAGCUACAAUAAUCAUGUUUCCCAUGAUUAUCAUCAUGCUGCCCCAGCCCUUUUGAAGGUUGCUGCCCCAAUUGCAACUUAUCAUGCCCCAAUUGUACACCAUGCUCCAGUGGUCCACCAUGUUGCUCCAGUUGUUCAUCAUGUCGCUCCCGUGGUACAACAUGUUGCUCCAGUCUUGCUGAAGUCUGUCCACCAUGAGCCAGAACACUACGGACACCCUAAAUACCAAUUCAAAUAUGGUGUCCAUGAUACCCACACCCAUGACAUCAAGGAACAAGAGGAAUCUCGUGAUGGUGAUGUUGUCAAGGGUUACUACUCCCUUCUUCAACCUGAUGGCCGUACCCGCAUUGUCCACUACACUGCUGACAAGCACUCUGGUUUCCAGGCUCAAGUUGAAUACAAGGGACAUGCUGCUCACCCAGAAGUAGUGCACAAAGCUAUCUUGGCCCCAGUCUACCAUCAUUAA